UGGAGGCGGAAGUCUGCCCGGCCCGCCAUUGAAGGAACAUUCAACGUGAGGACUGCGUUUCGCCGAGGAACACUGCCGUCGGAAAGAGUUUAUCUGUAUUUAUACAUCUCUAAACCUCGGUGGGCAGGAUGGCGUACAGAGGACAAGGACAGAAGGUGCAGAAGGUUAUGGUCCAGCCGAUCAACCUCAUCUUCAGAUAUCUACAAAAUCGUUCACGGAUCCAGGUGUGGCUGUAUGAACAAGUGAACAUGCGGAUAGAAGGCUGCAUUAUUGGCUUUGAUGAGUACAUGAACCUGGUUCUCGAUGACGCUGAGGAAGUCCACAUGAAGACAAAGAACAGAAAACCCCUUGGCAGGGUCAUGUUGAAAGGGGACAACAUCACCUUACUUCAAAGUGUGGUCGUAACCUGAUGGAAAACAUCCACAAUUGACCCAUGUCUACGAGCAUUUUUCUUCUACAAUAACCCUUUUUUUCCCGUUUGUUUUUGAACCCAUGAUUAUCAUGUGUCAUUAUUAGUGUGAUGGUUUGUUUCAUAGCCAUAUGGCUUUUGUACGAAAAUAAAGUUUUUCUUUAUGCCUUUUGA